AUGCCGAAAUUCUCCUUGUAUGCAAGGCUCCGUGCAGUUGGCGAGGAGACUGGCCAGGACCGGCUGCGCGCGCGGCUCGUGUGGCUUUUGGUCGUGCUGGAGACGAUCUCCAUGCUUUGCUUUCCUCAAGUGGCCACCCUGACGCACGGAGCGUUCUUUCUGAUCCCGCUGGGGGCGCUCUUGCUAGCUGCCGCUAUCCGUCUUUACUCGAGGCCUCGCAUCCUUCUGGCUGAGCCACUCUGUGUCGUCUGGCCUGACAACUAUUCCCGACAUGGCCUUGCCCGUCAGCAGGAACCAAACCUUUGUUUUGUUGGCUUCGUGUGGGUGCUGAAGCUUGUCUGCUGUUUGACUUUCUGGGCGAACCCGGCUGCCAUCAGCCUGCUGGAGGACAGUUGCCCUGACUCAGUCCCGCAGCCGAAUUGCAGCCACUACGCCCGUCUUGAACCUCCUUUAAUAUGUAUGGCGGUAAAUCCAAUGGUAGAACCGCCAAAUGCCAAUCGCCUACACCUUUUGGGGAAAGAAGGCGAUGCCUGCUGGGACCAGUGCUCUAGUCCUCGUUGCCGGCCACAGGAGAAGAUGAAGUUCGCUGAUAGUGACUCAUUGGAGGCCGGUUUGUCCUGGAAGUAUCUGCACAUGCAUUGUGACGACCCAUGCGAUUUAUCUUGCUGCCAGUGCCUGCACUGCCACCUAUCCUCCACAGUGCCUUCUUGGCUGAAGCAGGGAUGCCUUGCUAAAGCGUUCGCGCCAGAUCUUGCACAAGAGCUUUACGUGUGUGGAACCAACCCAGGAUGCGGAUCGAAGCCAAUUCCGUACUAUGAGGCUCAGACACGGAGCUCCGAAAAUACCAUGCUCGCAGAACUUUCACGGUGCACCUUGGUCCAUGGAGAAGAACCUACUCAAGUCAAGACUGCGGUGGCUGUGGUCGCAGCAUUGCAGUGCUUGCCUUUAGCCUCUUUGAUCGCCUGCCUCUUGCUCAGCAUCUGGGUGCACCUGCAGAAGGGUGGAA